AUGUCUGACCUUGUGAAGCGAGAGAUCACUGAGCUGGCCCCGAAUGGCAGCAACUAUCUCUCUUGGUCCUUGGAUGCUGAGAUUGUCUUAGAUGAGAAGAAUCUCUUGCAUGCUAUCAAACCCGACAAAGACAAGAAUGCAACAAGUGCUGAAAGAGCACAAGCUCUACACUUCCUCAGGCAUCACAUAAGCUCAUCACUGAAGAAUGAGUAUAUGACUAAACGUGAUCCUCAAGUCUUGUGGAAUGCAUUGCAUGAACGCUUUGAAAAAAUGGAGACUGUACUUCUCCCACGUGUGAAACGCGAAUGGCAGAAUCUUCGCUACCAAGACUACAAGACUGUUGAGGAUUACAAUGCCAAACUCUAUGGGAUUGUCACACGCAUGAAGCUAUGUGGCACUACUCUGACUGAAUCAGAUCUCAUAGAGAAAACCCUCUCAACCUUCCACCCUAAACUCACGUACUUAAGUCGUCAGUAUAAGAAAGAAAAGUACAAGAAGUACAUUGACCUUAGUAAUGCUUUACAGCAAGACCAAGGUGAAGAUGAAGAGUUGAUGCAGAAUCAUCUAACUCGUCCUACUAGCAGCUUAAGUAAGCCUGAAGCACAUGCAGUUUCCUCAUCUCAGAAGAAUGAAGGAAAAGGAAAGGGGCCACAGAAGGCACCAUGGAAGGGAAAGAGCCAGAAGGUUCAAAACUUCAAGAAGAAGGGAGAGUGGAAAUCAAAGAAGAUUCCACCAGGGGGAGAAUAUGGCAAACAGGACCAAGAAUGCUAUAGGUGUGGGAUGAAAGGCCAUUGGUCUAGAAUUUGUCGCACUCCUAAACAUAUAGUGAAACUCUAUCAAGAAUUGAAAGCUCAGCUCAAGAAUAAUCAGCAUGAAGCUCAUUUUGUCUCUACCAAGAAGCUAGGAAUUGGAGAAUGUUCCAAGUCUAAGGACAAGGAAGAAUCUUCUAAACCUGAAGAAAAAGAAGAGGUUGAAGCUCUAAAGAAGAUUGAAGAUGUGCCUGCAGCCAUCACAUCCAAUGUUAGUUGGGACGUUAUUAUGAAAAACCUUGAAGGCAUGCGUACAGACAUGGAAACUGAUGAAAUAGAGGAAGAUGUGCAGGAGACUCUAUUUGAGCUCUUAUUUAGCUAUCCAGUAGUAUAG